AUGGACCAGCUGCCCCCGCCCGACGCCGCCGCGCGCCGCGCGCUGCUCGCGCGCCUCACAGCCGCGCCGCCCGGCCAGGAGGCGUGGGAGUGCGGCGGCAUGACCAACUUCACGAUCGCGGCGGCGCGGCUGGGGCUGAGGACGGGCGCGGUGGGGCACCUGGGGGCUGACGUUUACGGCGCCUACAUGGAGCGAGUCCUGCGGGGCGAGGGCCUGGGCAGCAUCCAUCGCAUCGCGCCGCCGGAGCUGGCGGGCACCUCCCUGGACCAAACCCUCGUCUGCUUCGUAUUGGUGGACCCUGCUGGCGGCCACGCGUUCUGCAGCCGGUAUGACUUUGGCCCCUGGCCGCUGCUGGAGGGCGUGGAGCAGCUGCCGCCCCGCAUACUGCAGGCUCUGGCAGGCGCGCGUGCAGUGUGCGCCAACGGCUACAUAUUCGACGAGCUGCCCCUGGAGCUGGUCAAGCAGGCGGUCAACGCAGCCAGCAGCGCAGGCGCGGCCGUCUUCUUCGACCCUGGGCCUCGCUGCCACACGAUGAAGAGCGGCAGCCGGCUGGAGGCGCUGCACACCAUGAUGGACCUGUCAGACACGAUCCUCAUGACGCUGGAGGAGGCCGUGGAGGUGACCGGGGAGACCGACCCGUUGGCCGCUGCCCGCGCGGUGCUGGCGCGACCGGGCGCCAAGACGCGCUGGUGUGUUGUCAAGGAGGGCGGUGCGGGGGCACUGCUGGCAGAGCGGCGGCCCGGCGGCGGCGUGGAGGCGCAUCAGUGCCCUGCGAUGCAGGUCGAGGUGGUGGACACUGUGGGCUGCGGCGACUCAUUCGCGGCCGCCAUCGUGGCCGGUUACGUAAACAACCACGACAUCCCCGGCACCCUUGUCCUCGCCAACGCGGUCGGCGCCGCGACGGCAACCGGGCGCGGCGCGGGCACCAACGUGGCGGCCGUCGGGACCGUGCGGCGGCUGCUGCGCGACGCGGCGGCGGCGGGGCGUCACGGCGCGGCGGCGGUGGCGAGCGCGGAGCGGCUGCUCGCGCUGACGCUGGCCGCAGGCGGCCGCGAAAGCGGGAACGGCAACGGGAACGGCAUUGGCGACGGCAACGGCGCUGGGGCGGACGGUGGCCUCGGUGGCGGGGGCGGCGCGGGCGCGGGCGGGCGGCGGCGAGACGGGGAGAGGGAGGCGGCGGCGCGGGCGGCAUGA